GGUCGGCGGCGCCUAGUUGCGGGUGCCUGAGUACUACCCGUUCCCUCCCCCUCCCGGCCGGGCCCGCAGGGAGAGUGACACUCAUCAGGCGGCUCCGUCCAGGCGGCGCAAGCAGCUCACAACCGCCAUCCCUCUCGAUAAGCUGUUUGUGGAGAUUAAGAACACACAAAGGGAACAUCUGCUUUUAAGAUUGAACUCCUUCUGUCUACCAAAAAAGAAAGAUCAGGGACAGUGAGGGUCCGCUGCUCAAUGAAGGAAGGUUACAGAGGUGCUAAAGCAUGGCUGACUUUGAUAACAAUCUCAGUCUUGCGGAUGCUCUGACAGAACCACCAGCAGAAAUUGAGGAAGAAGUGAAACGAGACUUCAUUGCCACCCUGGAAGCAGAGAAAUUUGAUGAUGUGGUUGGAGAAACAGUGGGUAAAACAGACUAUAUCCCCCUACUGGACGAUGAUGAUGCAAAGGCUGGGAGCCAGGAACCAAAAAGCAAACCCCACACAGACGGUGGUCAGGUAGAAAGUAUUUCAGCUGUUGGACCAGCAGUGUUAGAGAAUGGUGACCAUGGAAUAGAAGAUGACAGUACAGUAUUCCCAAGAGAGAUCACGGGUGAAAAAAUGUCCUACAAAGAGUUUCUGGAUCGCAAUGAGACCUGGGCGAUGGACGAGAGAGACCUUUGCUUUGAACCACAGUCAAUAUUCAGACCCAUGGAGGGGACAGAGCCCUUCAAGAUGCCCAGAGAGGAUGUCAUGUCUGAUCAUCUGAUAUGUCCUUCUGAAAUGGAGACUCGCCUACCAUUCACAGAGCAUUUUGAAGCUUCAGAAGAAGUUCAUGCACCCCAUGCAGCUAUGAUUGUACCUGAACUGCCUUCUCUGGGAUCCCCAUAUUCUCCUGCAGAACUUAUCGAUCCAUCUGCCUUCAUCAGCCUGGAUUCAACUACACAGUCUCUGCUGAAUAUAGCAGCACCUGCAAGAGUGACAGUGCCUGAAGAACAUUGGCUGGGAGCUCAGCAUGCUGUGGAGGGGCUAGAUGAAUCUUCCUUUGUAGAGCCACCAGAACCCCCCAGGAUAGCUGAUGCAGCAGAACAAUAUUUCCCAGGAAGUCCAGUGGCUGCUGCACCUGCUGCUGUUCCUCCUGCACUAACAGAGCCUACAGGGGAGACCAAAGCUACUGACACACCACAGGUUGAACCAACAGCGUCUGUUCCAGUGUUGGGAGACGUGUCUGUUCCAGUGUUGGGAGACGUGUCUGUUCCAGUGUUGGGAGACGUGUCUGUUCCAGUGUUGGGAGACGUGUCUGUUCCUGUAGUGGAAGAGCUGAUGGUGUUUGAACCUUCUGUUGAGCAACACAAGUCAGCUCUUAAUGAACCUCCAACAGUAUCGUCUGCCCCAACUGUGGUAAUGGAACAAAAAAUGACGGUCCCAGAAGCCUCUACUCCUGGUGCAGAUAGUAUUCCUGUGCUAGAGAAUGUGGAAGAGAAUAAACCAUCUCCCAGCAAACAUACAGAGCAUCUUCUGAAGCCAAAUGAAGAACUCCCAGAGCUGGCAGUGGAAGCAAAAGAACCAUUGACAUUAAUAGAAACUAAAGAAACCCUUCCAGAAAAAACAGCUCCAGCUGGUGACCUGGCCAUAGUAGAGAAGCUGAAGGACGAGGGUGAGCUUAGUCAUGCCCACCAGACAGAACCUCCACCAAAGAAAUCUCCACUGGAACCUACAGGUGUACCUACUGCACAAGUAAGGCAAGCUAACAAAUCAAGUGACCGCAGGUUUGGCAGAGCAAAACCUGCAGCAGUGCCUGGUGCAGAUGUCCCCGAGGAACUUCUAGUAGGUCUCCCACAACAGAAGAGUACUGACCCAAAAGCAGACCCCUUUUCCAUGGCAGAACUUGGAUGGGUCUCUGGAACAUUCUCUCGGACUAGGGCACCACAUAAAAAGGCAGCCGGGCAGCUACUUAGCAUGCCGUCUGAAUUUGUGGAGAGCCAGAGAGAUGUACCUAGAGAGAACUGGGAUUCAGAAGGUUCUCCAGUGAUUGUGAAGAAGAAGAAGAAGAAACAGAAACAAAAGAGAAACCAGCAGCCAAGAACAAUGGAGUUAGGGGAUGAAAAUGUAGAAGUUUCUAAAGCUCCCAAAGUUCCUCUCUUUGCUGCUGAACUGCAAAAGCCAGACAUCCCCUUUGUUCUGCCUGCUGAAGGUGUCAAAGAGCACUCUACUCCCUCAAGAGAGGGCCAGAGGAAGGGAACUUCAAAUGUACCAAGGGAUGCUAAGGCAGGAACUGAAAGCCACCUCUUAGACGAUCAAAAUAUUAUCUCAAGUCCCACAGCAGGCCAGCAGAGCCUGAAAACUGAAGGACCAGUUAAAUUUUUGUUGGAUGCAAAAGCUGGAAAAGUCAUGAAACAGGAAGAAAUGAAAGAUGACAGUUUGUUGCAGUCUAAAAGCAAAAACAAACAGGUACCCUUGGAGAAGCUAGAAUGCAAGGCAGAACACACUAAGAUGGGGGAUCCUGCAUCAGCACGGACACAAACCAAGCCUAUUGAAAUAAGUUUUGUUGAUAAAAACCAAAAGAUUGGGUGUAAACAUUCAGACCUUAAUGCAUCUCUUUCAAAAGGCAUCAACCUAAAUAAAGUGGAAACUCCUUUGGAAGCCAAACCUGUAGAAAUUAGCCUUAUUGAUGAAAAUAAGGAGAUUAAGUGCAUAUCUCCCAAGCGUGUAGCAGCAGAUGAGACCGUUCCAAGUGAAGUUCAGACUCCCAGUGGGGCAUUGAUGGGAGAGACACCAAAGAAAAGAGGUAGUGAUGAAAAAGGCAGAAAUACUGAAAAUGGUUUCUCUAAGCAGCCUGCUGUUUUAGAGAUUAAGACAGAUACAACCAAUCUUCCUGCUGCAGCAAAGAGAGUCGACAAAACUAAAGAAACAGAUUCCGUUGAUAAAAGCCAAGAGACUGGCUCUAUUACUGCAGAGCCUCCAUUGGAAACUGCAGCAGAUAUUACUAAAGUACCCCUUAUACCAUUGGUGUCAGACAAACCUAAAGAGGGCAUUGCUGGGAAAAACAAAAAGGCUGACUUCAGUUUUUCAGAGCAGCCAUUUCUUUUGGAGACUAAGACGGAUACAGCCAAACUUCCUGCUCCUGCUGAGACAGUCGACAUAGAUAACAUAGAUUUCACUGAUAAAAGCAAGCAGACUGGAUUCGAUCAUCCAACUGUGACAGAUAAACUGGUUACAGAUAAACCUAAAAAGAGGGGUAGUGAUGGGAAGAACAAAAAGGUUAAAAAUUCCUCUGGGCAGCCAGUUCUUCUGGAGGCUGAGAGAGACCCAGACAAACUUCCUGCUGUAGCUAAGACAGCUGGCAAAACUAAAGAAAUAAUCUUUACUGAUAAAGACAAAGAGCCUGGCUUUGCUAUUGCAGAGCAUUCAUUGGAGGAUAUGACAGGUCCCAGUACUGCAAAGGUGGCAGAGAAGCCUAAGAAAAGGACUAGUGAUGGAAAAAACAAAAAGGCUGAAAAAGAUUAUUUCCAGCAGCCAUUUUUUCUGGAGGCUAAGGAAGACAUAAGCAGUCUUCCUGCAGUAAUGGAGAAGGAUGACAAAACUAAAAAAAUAAGUUUCACUGAUAAAGGUAAAGAGACUGAUUUUACUACUGCAGAUCCUCUGUUGGAGGGUGCAACAGCUACAAUGGAGGUACAAGGUCCCACUACAAUACUGGUAACAGAAGAACCUAAAAAUGAUAUUACUGGGAAAAGUGAAAAGGGUGAAUUCAAUAUUUCAGAACAGCCACUUCUUUUGGAGACUAAGCCAGAUGUGGCCAAACUUCCUGCUCGUGCUGAGACAAUUAGCAAAACAAAGGAAGAUAGUUUGAUGGAUAAAAGCAAAGAGACUGGAUUUACUGCAGAUUCCAGUAGAGCACUGAUGACUGACAAACCUAAAGAGAAGGGCAGUGAUAGGAAAGGCAAAAAAGUUGAAAAAAGUUAUUUUGAGCAGCCUUUUCUUCUGGAGACUAAGACAGACACAAGCAAGCUGCCUACUGUAGUGGAAAAGGCUGAAAAAAGGAAAGAAAUGGGUUUUGCUGAUAUAGGCAAGGAGCCUAUCUUUACUACAGCUGGGCAUCAACUGGAGAAUUUGACAGCUACAACCAAGGUACAAGUUCCCGCUAUGAAACUGAUAACAGAAAAACCUAAAAUAAAGGAAAGUAAUGAAAAAAGUUUCUUUGAACAACUUGUUCCCUCAGAUUAUAAAAUGGACACAGCAAAGUCCGAAACACGCAUCAAAACUAAAGAAAUUCAUUCCUCUGAUAAAGGCAAGGAGACUGAUUUUACUACUUUAGAGCAGCUCUUGGAGGAUAUAAGCGAUGCAGCUAAGGCACACGUUCCCAUUACAGAACUGGUGGCAGACAAACCUAAGAAGAGGUGUAGUGAUGGGAAAAGCAAAAAGCUUGAAAAUAGUGCUGAGCACCUUGCUGUCUUGGAGGCAAAGACAGACUCCGUUAAACUUCCUGCAGUAGUCGAGGAGGCCAAUAAAAUUAAAGAAACUCACUCCACUGAUAAAGGCAAGGAGACUCAAUUUACUACUUCAGAGCAUCUGUUGGAGGAUAUAAUAGAUACAGCUAAAAUACAAACUCCCAUUACUCCACUGGUAACAGGAAAACCAAAAGAGAAUAAUAAGGGGAACAGCACAAAGGCUGAUGUUGGUUUGGAAAAGCCAUUUCUUUUGGAGACUAAAGUAGAUGCAGCCACACUUCCUGGUGGUGCUGAUGAGAUAGUCGACAAAACUGAAGCUGUAAGUUCCACUGAUACUAUUUUAGAACAUCAAACGAUGACAGAUCCCAGUCCAGCACUGGUGACCAAUAAGUCUAAAAAGAGGGGUAAUGAUGGAAAAAACAGAAAGGCUAAAAAUGCCUCUGAGCAGCCAGUUCUUUUGGAGACUAAGACCGACAAAAGCAAAAUACCGCCUCCCAGAGUAACUGAUCUGGAGUACCAAAUGGAAGAAAUGGGUCUUGUAGAUGAAAACCAAAAUAUUAAAAAUUUCCCCUCUGAGCAUCAAAUGCUUUGGGAUAAUAAGGGUCACUUGUUCACACCCUACACUCAGUCUAGAGCAGUUGGUGUUGGUGUUGACAGAGUUGGCAAAGCUUGUUCUACAGACAAAAAUCAAGGGCUUGCGAGUAUCUUUCCAGAGUAUCCAGUAAAGGAUGAAGGAAGUAAGGUGUCACUGCCUCCUGCAGUGGUUGUGGAGGGCACCAACAAAGAGUCAAGCACAGGUGACAAAAGGGAGAAAAAUAAACACAGCCGUUAUGAGCAUUCAGUCAAACUGGAAGGUGAAGAGGCUGGCGUACAGGCUUUCACUUCAGUGAAGGAGGGUGAUAAAAUCAAAGUGACUAGUGCUGGGGAUGAGAAGAAGAAAGGUAAACGGCCUUCCUUGGAUUCUCCAGUUAAACAGGAUGCCAAGGCAGGAAGGGAUGAAGUGCACACUUCCAUUUUAGCAGAGAUCGAUGACAAAGAAAUAAGUUUCACCGGUGAAAAGCAAAGCACUGAAUGUGCUUCCUUGGAGCAUCUGGUGAAGGAGACAGAUGCCAUAAAGGGAACAGAUGCCAAAUUGACGGACAAAAUGGAAGGAAGUAGCUAUGCUGGUGAGAAGGCUGUUGGAUGCAUCUCUCCGGAACUUACAGUGCAAUGGGAGAAUAAAGCAGAAGCAGUUGUUCUGCAGGUUCUAGCUACAGCGGAGGUGGUGAACAAGGCUAAAGAGGCUGAGCUGGGUGAACAAAGCGUCUCUGAGUGUCCAGUUAGUUUAGAAAAAAAGACAGAUGCAGCCGAGGUUGCUAGUGUGACUCUGAGAGAAGCCCAAACAGAGGAAAUCAGUCCUACUGAUAACAUUAAAGGCCAUUCUGAACACUCAGAAGGUGAUGCUGCUGACAAGAUGGAGGCUGGCCUGAAGGACUUCCAAGCUUUGAAGUCUGAAGAGGAUAACUAUGCAGACUUACCUCAGAAACAGAUAGAUGAUUCUGGACAAAAAGUGGUGAAAGAGAUAAAGAAAGAGGAGAGAGUCAAAGCUACGGAACAGAUAAAAGGCUACAUGAGACCCACGAAGUCAAGAGGGCUUCCUACUCUACCACCAAGGCCUGCUGUCCAAGAUCGAGAGAAACCAAGGCAGCUGAAAGCCAAUGGUAUGAGUCGGCAAAGGCAAGAAAAAGCAAAACCAGAAGAGAUAAAACCGGUGGAGCUUCUGACGGGAAGUGACAUCACAGCACCUCCAAACAAAGAGCUUCCUCCAAGCCCUGAGAAGAAGACCAAGCCUUCAGCAUCCACACCAUCAGCAAAACCUGCAGCAACGAAAACCAAGCCUCUGUCCACUACAAGCCCCAAGCGGCCAGCUUCUACCACAACUGGCCAAAACAAAAAACCCAUCAGUCCUACUGCAGGUCCUACUUCAGCCACUACUCCCAAACGCUCAGCCACCAGUACUACACGUCCCUCCACUUUAACUCCUAAAGACACUAAACCAAAGGUAACAGAUGCGAAAGGCCCAGACAAACGGACCUCACUUUCAAAGCCACUGUCUGCUACGACACCCCGAGCGGCUGUAAAGGGCAGCCCUGCCACGCCCAGGACAACUGCAGCGUCUCCAGCUACAACAGCGUCCGGUCUGAGAAACACUGUUACUUCCCCACCCAAAAGGCCAACGUCUAUCAAGACUGAAACAAAGCUUGCAGAUGCCAGGAAGACCACUGCGAAGUCACCAUCAGCAGACCUGAGCCGCCCAAAGAGUGCGCCUGCAAACUCUACGAAGAGCAGCGCCACUACCCCUACUGCUACAACCCCAGGUACUCCUGCCUCACCUGGAGUCGCCACCAGCCGCCCCAAACCCAAGCCAGCUGCAGCCAGACCCACCACAGCAUCGAGUGCAACUCCAGAAGCUAAAAAACCAUCAACAGUUAAAGCUCCACUUAAAACCAGCACUGUUCCCAAGCCACCUCGCCCAACCAGCAGUGUUUCUGCCCCUGACCUGAAGAACAUAAGAUCCAAAAUUGGAUCAACAGAUAACAUUAAACACCAACCUGGUGGAGGAAGGGCUAAAGUAGAGAAAAAACCAGAAUCAGCCGGUGCGGCGCGAAAGUCUGAACCCAAUGCAGUCUCUAAAAUGGCUACUACUAAAACAACUGUAACAAAAGAGGGGGCACAAAAGCAGCCCAAUGGGAAAGUCCAGAUAGUCUCCAAAAAAGCGAACUACAGCCAUGUUCAGUCCAAGUGUGGUUCCAAGGACAAUAUUAAGCAUGUCCCUGGAGGUGGGAAUGUUCCAAAUGCCCCAAAGCCAGCUUCAGGCAGCCGCUCCCAGCCGUCCAGCGCCCCCAGACCCAGCCCAGGCAGUACCAAUGUGCAGAUCCAGACCAAGAAAGUUGACAUUUCCAAAGUGUCCUCAAAGUGUGGCUCUAAAACGAAUAUAAAACACAAGCCAGGGGGAGGAGAUGUCAAAAUCGAGAACCAGAAGCUGAACUUCAAGGAGAAGGCGCAGGCGAAAGUGGGCUCUCUGGACAAUGUCGGACACGUGCCAGCAGGAGGCACAGUGAAGCCUGAGGGGAGCGAAGAGGGAGCGCUGCUGGCGCAGGCCCCUCAGAAUGGAGAUGUGACGGCGCCCCAGGCAGACAGUGAAAUGCGGGAGAACGGAGUAGGGCCGACUGCGCCCGCUGUGGGUGGUGGUGACCAAAGGGAAAUUCAGAGCUUCGGCACUCAGAUACAAGAAACAAAUUGAAUCCCACAAACUGACGUUCCGUGAGAAGGCCAAGGCUCGCACGGACCACGGAGCGGACAUCAUCGUCUCCAAACCCCCCAACCUUUCCAGCAGCACUUCCCCCUGGUGUAGCACGUCCGUCAGCGAGCGCCUGGGCUCCAUCACCUCCUCGUCACCGCUGCAACAGCCAGCUCCCCAUGCAGACGACCUUUCUGCGGUGCUUUCUCUGCAAGGCUUGUGACUGUCCCCACUCGCCCCGCCUCCCGUGUGCUUCCCAGAGUAACUCAGCUUGGAUCCCUUAACCCGGCACUUGGCUUUAAGUGGGAAGGGGACAGCGUUUUAGCAGGGCUAGCUUCCCUUUCAGUGGUGCUGCCUGUCAACGGGGCAACGUAGUUGUUCACCCAAACAGCCCAGGAAUCAGGUUCAUUUCCUAGUGACGCUGGCUCCGCCUGCCCCAGUGUGUCUCAGGCUCUGGUGAUCCCGUGUUGGGUGGAAAGGGGAUCCUUUCCUCGCCUCACCUCCAAUCCUCUUGCUCUUAGGAGGGCACCAGCGUGAGUCUGAAUGACGUGUUUCGUAGGGACAGGCAGCUGGAGAUCUCUAGACUAAACAUGUGCUUAAAGCCACUUCUCGUUCUGGGGAGGGUGCCAAGCCUCAUUCUAUGGCUGCGUUUGGGCGGAAGUGUUGGGGCUGCACUAUGAGUGGCCAAAGCCAGGCCGGAGUUAAUGGGGAUAAGCUGUGAUCUUUCUCUUUUUUAACUUUUCCUCCUGCUGCUUCAGUUUCGGCUGUUCCUAUUUAAUGAUUAUCGAUAUUAUACACACACAUUAGGCUGUUUUAACUGUUGACUUUAACCUUUUCUUUUUUUUUUUUUUUUUGUGACGAAGUGUUGAUGAUUUAUUGUGCUAUGACCAUGCUAAGUUUCCUUUUCUCUCUUUCCUUCUUUUCCUAACCCUAGGAAUAAAGACAUUAACCGCUGCUGCAGUGCUGGCUUCUUAUCGACAUAUCCAGCAAUUGUAACUGUUGUUUUUCUUUGUGUUGUUUUAUUUUAAAUAUUUUAAAAUGAUGGAGCAAAUUCAUGGGAUUAAGCCAUGUCUGAAAGGAAAGGCAUAAGAAUGUGCUUUAAAAAAAAAAAAAUCUCUUGCUGUAACAGUUCAACUAAGCCUUGUAUUGACUGCAACAAGCGAUGCUAAGGGGAUGCUUAGAGAACCUCCUAUCGGGGUAAAUAACCAAGCCCGAGAGGAUGCCCUGGCACCUUUGUAGUUGCUUCUAUUGGAUUAACAAAGGGCGCAAAGUAUAUUUAUUAACUCGAAUAGCCACAAACCGUUUGUUGUUUCUUUUUCUUUGCCAUGGUAUCAGGCCAGGGUUAGGGUAUCAGGCCAGGGAGCGGCUUCAAACAGUAUGUUGCAGGUUAAUGCAGGGUGUGUGUUCUGAUGCAAGGGAUCCAGUGUGAUGUGUAUUAUUUUUAACAAAGGUUAAAUGUAGGGGUAAAGAGAUUACCUGGCUAGAUGCAAUCUGGUGGGAGGCUAGGAUGGGGAAGAAAUGAAAGGCUGCCUCCCAUUCAGGGAGCCAGAGAGGGAGAGCUGAAUGUCCGUGAAGGGUUGGGAGGGGCAGAGUAGGCAGGCUUACAAUACGAAGGCGUUAUAGCCCUGGCUCAUCAAGAGAUCACACACCAUUGUGGUUUGAGCUCCUUGUUUUAUGUUGCGAACAACACUAAAGAAACAAAAUGUAUAUAAAAAACUGGUGGUCUUGAGUCAUCCAACUAACUUAAAGCAAAAAGCAGAAUAACAAAAUACAGGGAUCAAAGCUAACUGAAGACAGACUUCUGCUAAGGGGGCUGGCCUAUUUGAAGUAGGGGGGUGGAGAGGAGCCCACAUCUUCCCCUGCUUGUGGGAAUAUUUCUCUUUGGGAAGCUGACAAUGACACGGAAACCCGGAAUCUGUAUUUACACACAAAGAUUCUUAUUGCACUUGUAUUUUUUAUAUUAAAGUUUGCAUGAUUUCUAAUAAAAUGGCAUUAAAAUGUAAUAGUUUGCAUCCAA